AUGGAUAAUCAAUCACCAAAUUUUAUGGAUCAAAAUUGGACCCCACAUAUGUUACCACAAACAGCUUCUUAUUUGGCCAAUUUGGAUUUACCAAAUAUCCCCACUACCCAUAGUAAUAACCACUACAACAACAACAACAAUUCAGGUUUAAACCCUUCUUAUAAUACAUCAUCAAUUAUGCAAACUAUUCAAAAUCAACAUAAUGUACAUGACGAUCAAGAAAAUCAACAACAACAACAUCAUCAUCAUCAAUAUAUAAAUCUGAAUUCUCCUUCAUCAUCAUCUCAUCAAGUCACUCCCAACCCUACAAUUUCUUCUUCGUCUUCGUCUUCAAAAUCAAAUAAACAAAAACGUCCGUGUGAUCAAUGUCGGAAACGGAAAAUUAAAUGUGUCUUAGUACCCAAUACUAAUAAUUGUGUCCAAUGUGAAGCUAAACAAGUAACAUGUACAUAUACUGAUCAAGCACCGAAAAGGAAACUUGCUGAAACAACUACUCCUGCCAAUAAUGAUCAAUUAUUGAAACGAGGAAGAAUAAUGGAUACCAGUUUAUUAUCAAAUGGAUCAACUAUUGUUCCACCUGAUGUUGCUAUUCGUGAGGUAUCUCCUAUACAAGAUUAUUCAGCCAUGAAUAAUUCAUUAUUGAAAAGAACUUUAUCAUUGCAAUUUCCUCGAUCAAGUUUUUAUGUUGGGCCCACAUCUUCAGUAUUUGAUAUCAAUUUAUUAAAUUCAAUAAUCAAAUCCCAUGAGCAUCAAAUGGCAAAUGGAAAUGAGAGCACGACCACCGCAAGAAACAACAAUAGUAACAACAAAAUUGAGCAAGUUAGUCUAAAUAAUUUAGUUUCAUUAAGAAAAGUUAGUGAUACGGUUCAAUUUAUUUUAAAAGAAGAUCAAUCACCUCAAUCUUAUCAAACAAUGUCGAAUGAUGUUGAUACAAUUGAAAAAUUUAUAUCACCCCAUGGUCAAAUAUUAGUUGAUUUAUAUUUUCGAAUUAUUCAUCCUUCAUAUCCUAUAAUUCAUAAAAAAGUUUUCAUUGAAAAAUAUUCUCGUACUCAUCGAGAAUUUAGUGCUCCUUUAUUGGCAGCAGUUUAUGUAUUAGCUAUACAAUGGUGGGAUUAUGAUCCUCAAUUAAAUCGUUUCCCAAAACCAAAUGUCGAAAUGAUACUUAAAAUUGGGUUAAAUAAUUAUAUGUUGGAAAUAUUAAAACGACCAAAAUUAAGUGCUGUUCAAGCAGGAUUAUUAUUGUUACAAUGUAAACAUAUUAUUAAUUGUAAAUCAUCCAAUGACGGGCUGCGACAACAAGGUGGAGGUAGUAGUAAUUCUAAUCAUAGCAAUAGUGUUGCCACUGGAGAUGCGGAUUAUUCUGAAUGGAUUUUAUGUUCACAAAUAGUAUCAUUAGCAGAAGAAUUAGGACUUGGAUUAGAUUGUAAUGAUUGGAAAUUACCUAAAUGGGAACGAGGAUUACGGAAACGAUUAGCAUGGGCAGUAUAUUUAGAAGAUAAAUGGUUAUCACUUAAAUUGGCUCGGCCUUCACAUAUAAAUGAAUCAAAUUGGAUGGUGUUACCUUUAUAUGAUCAAGAUUUCCCCGAGAAACAUGGUGAUGGAGAUUUAAAAGAAGGUUCAUCCGAUAUUGAUAAUGGGAAAAAAAUUUUCAUUCAUUUAAUUGAAUUAUCAAAAAUUUUAUCGGAUAUUUUAAAUCAAUUUUAUUCUAUGAAAGCUAUGAAAGAAAUCACGGAAAUUGAUCAAGUAUUAAAAUUAGCUAAACCUUUACAAUUAAGAUUACGGGAUUGGUUUAGAUCUUUACCUAUUGAAUUACAAAUGAGUUCUGUACAACCUAGAAAAUUAUGUUCUAAUGGAUUUCUUCAAUUGGCAUAUUUUGCCACUGAAUUGACAUUACAUAGGAAAAUCACCACCAUAAUUUUCAAUCAAACUAAAGCUGGCAAUCCACCAUCACCAGAAUUAGUUGGUGUUUGUCGUAGUGCUGCCAAAACAAGAUUAAUGGCAUCAAUUGAAUUUGUUCGAGAUUUGAAACAAGAACAUAUUCAUUCAUUUUGGCAUUGUUCAGCAACUUCAAAUUUUACAUUAAUUGGUACAUUUGCGGCAAUUUUAUUAAUGUCUUCAUCCACAAAGGAAGAAACUGAUUUUUAUCGUGAUCAAAUUUUAAAUUAUCGUUGGAUUUUAAAAAUUUCUUCAAAAGGUUUUGAUCAAGCUGCUGAAGCAUUAGCAGAUUUAGAUUUAGUUUUGACAAAUAUCCCGGGAUUAAUUUAUGAUAAUAUUAACGUUCCUUCACUUCUUCCUAAUGUUCUGGAUAGUUUAUCCCUGAUACAACAUUUUCAAAUGUCACAUUCACCGGCAGGAGCUAGUCCACCACAAAAUUCUACAUCAACAAUCACUACUACUACUACUGCUACUGCUACUACUCAACAAAGAAUAAGAGCGCCAAUUAGAGAAUCACCAUUAAGUUCUCCUCAAAAUAUGUAUACACCACCAUUGAAUAAUAAUAAUAAUAAUAAUUCUAAUGUGGGGAAUUCUAAUAAAGGAUCACCAAUGUCUAAUGCUCAAGGAUUAUCACCAAAGAAUAAGAAUAUGAGUGGUACAACUUCUAAAAGUCCAGUAAAAUCACCCGAACUAACCAAAUGA